ACAUUACUUUAAACGAUGGGGCGGACGUUCUGAACUUUUUAGACAGCACGUCUUUCGCAACAGAAACAUACAAUCCAUCCGACAUAGAAAGAGAUUUGAUUUCUCGUCGAUCACGGAACGUUGGUUUUGUAGAUCCUUCUUCGCUAUCGAAAGCAUAUAUUGAUCGACUAUUGGAUGCACAAGAUAUCGUUGAAUAUAUUACUCAAACAACUUAUUCUGACGAUAUUUAUGGUCUUCCUGAUUCUUUCAGAAAGCUAAUUCACGAUGCCAGGAACGAAAUCAUGGGGAACACUGAGAUACACCAGUGGACUGCAGUAGAAAGAUUACGGAUGGUUAGAGAUCAUUUGAUCAAAAAGAGGGAAGAGAAUGACGAUGGUAGCUCGAGUUGGUUGGAUGAAUGGAAAUGGAAUAAUGGUCGCUGA